UAUGUGAGUGUUUUGUGAGGCAAGAAUGACAAAAUUUAUUAAUUUAUCACUAUUACUAGUUAACAAAAUGUAAUUAAUAUUGAAAAUCUCGUCAGUUCAGGAUUCAAAGCUCAGUAAUAUAUUCCACGAUUCUAAAUUUUACAAAAAAUAAAUAAAUAAUUUUUUCAUAAAACCUACCCCAAUGUUAUAAUAUAUCAAAAAAAAUACCGAAGAAUGUGAAUUGAAUCUAAUAAGACUUGUUAAUUUGAAAGGGGAGAGAGUCUAGUAUUCGAGUAUUUUCAAUUCUUAAUUCUCGACGCAUGCGCACUAGAACCGAAGUCUCAAUCUCCUCGGAUCUUGGACCUCUGUGUUUUCGUCCCUUCCACUCCACCUGUUCGACAAAAUGCCUCAGCACAUGUUACACCACAAUUCUCCCACUGCUGUCAAUAUGAUUGCCCAUGUUUUGUUGUCCCUUUAUUCUUUGUCCACAAGUAUGUAGGUUUUUUUGAGAAAAAGUAUGCAAGUGUUUAGCUGGUAAAGCAUGAGUUAUCCAUCUUAUUUAUUAUGCUUGUAUUAAACAAGAAUUAAAAAUGCAAACUUGAUACCUUUUCCUUUAAGGUUCUCUCAUAUUUUCGUCAAGCCGGUUUCUUGUCUUCUCUGGAUUCUGUCUUUAUAUUAGAGUAAGAAUAGCUUAAUAGAGUAAAGUAUGCACCAUAGUGUGGCCGCGUAUUUAGGAACAGUGGGUUGGGCUUUUGAUGAGCCGAAACACAGACAGCGGGGCUGUAAAGAUGGAGUCUUUAUGAGUCAUAAUUGCUGUUUGUUUUCGCUAAUCAUAAUCAUGACCCGAAAUUGACCGGGGUCUCUGAUGUUCUGAGGUGAACUCAAAAUUGAAAUGAUGGGAACCCUCUGCCUUUAUUGUUUGGAGGGGGAGAAUGGAUUUGAAUUGGAUUGAGGCAUUUAUUGGAGAAAAAGAGGAGUUUUGUUGAACAAGUGCCUUUUACCGAUUGAUGGCUCCUGCUGGGAGAACUUCUGGAUUCCAUCGUCAAGGAAAUGACUGGUUCUGCAGUUCAAGUUUGCAAAGUGAUAUAACAGUGGUGGUGGACGACGUAAAGUUCCAUCUUCACAAGUUUCCUCUCAUUGCAAGAUGUGGGAAGAUAGCAACUAUCUUUGAAGAGUCUGAAAGUUCCACUGAGACAACAUUGACAGUACCGCUUGAAGAGUUUCCUGGUGGUGCCGAUACGUUUCUCAUUGUAGUCAAAUUCUGCUAUGGUGGGAGGGUCGAGCUCACACCGAAGAACAUAGUAAUUUUGUACUGCGCUGCGGAUUAUCUUUCUAUGACUGAUGACUAUGAUGAAGACAAUUUAUUGUCCAAAUCAGAAAGUUAUUUCCAUAAGCAUAUCCUAAAAGACUGGAAAGGUUGCAUUUUGGCUCUCCAAAGCUGUGAGCUAGUUAUUCCAAGAGCCGACGAACUUCAAAUUAUAAGUAGAUGCAUCAAUGCGUUGUCUGUAAUGAUCUGCACUGAUCCCUCGUUGUUUGGAUGGCCUAUGAUGAUGUAUGGGAGCUUACAGAGUCCUGGAGGGAGCAUUCUGUGGAAUGGGAUAAAUACCGGUGCAAAGAUCCAUAGUAAUGAAUCAGAUUGGUGGUUUGAGGACGUCUCAUAUCUCUGUGUCGAGUUGUUUGAGAGACUGAUUCAGACAAUGGAAGCCAAAGGAAUAAGUCCGGAGAAUUUAGCACGCUCCAUAAUGUACUAUUGUAAAAAGUAUCUUCCAGGAUUGGGCCGAUGGCAGGGAGGGCAGAGUGGUCUGUCGAGGACAGUUGCUAGUUUCAGCAUGAUGCCUGCCAAUGUUAAUCAAGAUGCUCUUUUGCGGAGUGUCAUCAAACUGCUGCCCGAGAAGAAGGGAAAAUCUUUUUGCCGAUUUCUGCUGGGACUUUUACGUGUUGCAUUUAUCUUGGGAGUUAAUAAUACAUGCCAGGAUUCUCUGGAAAGGAGAAUAGGCGUGCAGCUCGAUUUGGCAACCCUGGAUGGUCUACUGAUACCCAAUUAUUCUGAUUCUGAUACUUUAUACAACACCCAUUGUGUUGAAAGGAUGAUUCAUUAUUUUGUAUCUUCUGAGCCAAGUGUAGCUUCUAUGUCUCCAUUAUCAGCUGACCUUGACACAUCACCAUUAUCCGGGCGAUUCAGGAGAGUUGCUAAAUUGGUAGAUAAUUAUUUAGCGGAGAUUGCUUCUGAUGUAAACUUGAAACCUGGAAAAUUACGUGCACUCGCAGAAGCAUUGCCAGAAUCCUCGAGAUCUUUGCAUGAUGGGCUAUACCGAGCACUGGAUAUAUACUUUAAGGCACAUCCCUGGCUUUCAGAUAAAGAGAGGGAGCAGCUUUGCAACAUUAUCGACUUUCAGAAACUCUCGAUUGAUGCUUGCGCACACGCAUCUCAAAACGAUAGGCUGCCACUCAGAGUCGUACUGCAGGUCUUGUUCUUCGAGCAGAUGCAGCUGCGGACGGCCUUAGCUGGCUGCCUAAAUGUUCUCGACGCUGAAAGCGCCCCUACAGCUCCUCUGGCCAUUCCUAAUGAAGCCGCUGGGCCAAGGGUCCAUCGGGAUGGAUGGGUGACAGUCAUUCGCGAGAACCAGGUGCUAAAAGUAGAUAUGGAACGGAUGAGGUCGAGAGUCGGGGAACUGGAAGAAGAGUUCAGCAAAAUCAAAGAAGAGAUGAAAAAGGCAACCAAGUCAAACAGUUACCUUAGCACUCCACGCCUUGUUCCUCGAGGGAUCGGGUGCAAACCACUUCCUCAGGCUUCAGAUGCUCAACAAGACGUCGUAAAGAGUGGGACACCAACUCCAAGAGCUUCAGUCGAGCAGGCACGAUCAUCCAUCCAGAUUCCUCGACAUAGAAAAAGUUCCUCCCUGGUUUGAGUAUUCUGUUUAGUAGAAGUUGGUAUCAUUCGAUUCGUGACUGCUUUUCUUGCAGCGAGCGGGCAACCUCGGGAAUAGGGGCUGCUUGGUUUCCUUCUCUUGCAGUGCGCAUGAAGCAAGACGACGCCAUAGUUGGAGAAGGUAAUGAAGCUUCUUUAAAUGUAGCAAAACAUAGCUUUAGAUGGUGAAGUGGGCUUGGGAAAAAAUUCUAGCAGAUGAGUAGUACCUUUGUUUUUUCUCUAAUAAUGCAGUCGAUGACAUCGAGUUUUUCACUAUCUACUAGAGUUUUUUCCCCGGUUUUCACCUCAUUUACAAAAGUUGAAUGUAUAGUUUGAAUCUUAUGUAUGUAGUUAUAAUUGUAUACAUUUACAAGUUGAAUAUAUUGUUUGUAAAGCAUAGAUUUUUCAA